AUGUCCGAGAAUCCCACCGCCUCCUCAUCGACUUCCACCCCACCCACCCCCGAAGUCAUGACUGCAACACUCGAAAUGCAAGCGCUCCACAGCGACGUUUCAGACCCCCAGAUCGCCCACGUCAAGGGCGGCUCGGUCGCCACCUUCUCGCACCUCUCAUACGAGGUCAAGGGGAAGGACGGCGCUCAGCGUCUCGUUGACGAUGUCAGCGUCAAGGUCGGCCAGGGAGAGAUGCUUGCCAUCAUGGGCCCCUCUGGCGCCGGCAAGUCCACCCUGCUCGACCUGAUGGCGUUCCGCAAGCGUGCCAUGGAUGGCGGCGAGGUCCGUCUCAACGGCAACCUCCUCUCCAACUCGACAAUGUCCCAUGUGUCGUCCUAUGUAGAGCAGGAUGAUGAGCACCUUGGCGUUCUCACUGUCCGUGAGACCAUCUCGUAUGCUUCGCGACUCAGCGCCAGUGGCUUCUCGCGCUCGCAGACGCGCCAGCGUGUGGACGAGAUCAUCCAGGCCUUGGGUCUCCAGUCCUGCGCAAACCAGAAGAUUGGCACUCCGAUCCAGCGUGGUAUUUCAGGCGGUCAGAAGCGUCGCGUUACUGUCGGCACGGGUCUUGUGACGUACCCGCGCAUUCUUUUCCUCGACGAGCCGACUUCUGGCCUUGACUCGUCGUCGGCCCGUGAAGUCAUGGCGUCGAUCCGCCGCAUUGCCGAGGCAGAGGGCAUUACCGUGAUUGCCACCAUCCACGCUCCCUCCAUUGAGACUCUCGAGCUCUUUGACCAGCUCAUGGUCCUCGCCAAGGGCAAGGUCGCGUUCUUGGGCUCGCUCGUCGAGGCCGAGGUUCGUUGCCGCGACCUGGGCCGUCCGAUCCCCAACUACCACAACCCCGGCGACCACCUCCUGGACCUCGUCGCGGUCGACUUUGACGACAGUAAGAAGGAGAACAUUGCCGCUCUCUACUCUGCCCAGACUGCCGCCAACUGGAACCGCCCGCCGUCCAUUGAACAUGGCGAGUUUGACGAGUCUGAAAAGUAUCAGGUCAAGCGCGCGUCGGUUGGCCACCACUUUAGGGUCGUUGGCACCCUCUGCGAGCGCAAUGUCGUCAACUACUCGCGCAACCUCCUCGCCUAUGGUGUCCGCAUGGGCAUGUACGCCGGUAUGGGCUUGCUCCUCGCCACCAUCUGGAUCCGUCUGGGCCACUCGGACGGCAAGAUCAACGACCGCCUUUCGGUCCACUUCUUCUCCGUUGCGUUCCUCGCCUUCAUGUCCGUUGCCGGCAUCCCCGCGUUCCUCGAGGAGCGUUCCGUCUUCCUCCGCGAGCGCAACAACGGCCUCUACGGCGCGUUCCCGUUCGUCCUCGCAAACACCAUCGUCACCCUCCCCUUCCUGUUCAUGUGUGCCGUUCUCUUCUCGGUCAUCUGUUACUGGGCUAUUGGCCUCCACCCUGGAGCCACGCACUUUUUCAGGUUCCUCGCCUUCCUGUUCCUCGCUCUUUUCGCCGCCGAGACCCAGGCCGUGCUCAUCUCGGCCAUCGUCCCCAUCUUCAUUGCUGCCCUGGCUCUGUGCGCGUUCAUGAAUGGCUUCUGGAUGUGUACGCAGGGUUAUUUCAUCAGAGCUCGUUCCCUCCCUCGUUUCUGGUACUACUGGGCGCACUGGAUGAACUACCAAACGUAUGCCUUUGAGACUUUGACCAAGAACGACCUUGUCGGCGAGGUCUUCUUCUGUGACACGGCCAAGCUCCCUGAUGGAACUUGCUCCUGUGUUUACCCGCCUUCCGCGGAGACUGUGGCCAAGUAUGGGCAGUGCAUGGUCUCUGGUCAAGACGUCAUCGACUACCUCGAGUUUGGCGGUAUCAACGUCCCCGUCUACGCCGCAAUCCUUGUCGGCAUCAUUGUUGUGCUCCGCGUCAUGCUCUACCUCGCCCUCGUCAUCAAGCGCAAGUAG